AUGAGCCAACCAUGGCUCGACAGCCUGUCUGACGACUGGCCAUCGGUGCCUGCGACACCCACUACUCCAGCUCCAGCUCCAGCUUCGGCUUCAACAACUCCAGCCCCAGCUCCAGCUACGACCACCCCCUCCAAGUCGGAACUCUUCCCCUCCUCGCCAGGGCAAAGUGUGCAGAAUUCAGUCCAGAAUUCCCCGAGUCGCAUUCCAGUGCCGGCCCGCCGCUCAAUCGACCAACCUUCACCCGCUCGCUCAACGCCCGCACGAAGACAGCAGCGCGAUUUUUCGAAAAAAGUAACCCGACCCUGUCACUUCAUCAAACGAGAACCUCCGACCCCCAAGACCCCUCGCACUCCCAAGACACCGGCGAAAGUCCAGUCACCGACCCCCGCCAAAUCCAAAACCACAACUCCCAAAUCCCCCAAAUCUCCCAGAUCACCCAGAUCCACCUCGAAACCCAGCGCGAAACCGAACAGCAAGCGCAGCCCUAGGCCGGCCCCCAUCGCGGCGGGAAAACAGCCGCAGACGAUGGAAACGCGUUCCCCGCUUCGAUCCGUCUCAAAUAUCUCCAGCCAAUCCAGUUUUCAGAGCACAGAUACCGUUCAGAUCAAACCCCCAAAGAUCAAGGAUGAAGGUGCAGCCACCCCCGAAUGGCGGAGACGAUUGGUACAGGGUGAGAUUGCAGCGGGCGAACAGCGGGACCUGUUCGCGCCCAUGGGCCUCGAGAGCGUGUUCAAACCGCCGACGCCUGGUUCUGCGACCGCCAAACAACCGGGCUCCAUUCGAUUCACCAAGCAGGAGGACGACCAGCUGUGGGAUUUUACCGACACCCCAUCGAGACGCGACAGCGCGGCCGGAGUGGAGGAGCUCACUGAGGAAGAGAUCUAUGCCUACCACGAUGACGCGCAACGCGACGGCGAGGUCAAGGACGAGGAUGAACCCUGGGGCACCGGGAUCGAAUCGCCCUUGGGCACGGUAAAUCGGGCACCAUGGGCAAAGAAGCGGGAUCAUGACGAAGAUGGACUAUCUCACACAGAUCUCAACGAUACGGGGAUUCGAACCGCAAGUGGAUUGGAGGACCUUCGUAAUGAGGGCAUCACACCCAUCACCUUCACCCGACCCAACACACUCGAAGGCAAUGCAACGUCGGAGGUGAUCAAAUCAGCAUUGAAGCAAGUCACCAACAAAUUGGAGAGUCUGUCGGUGGAUAAUAGUCGGCCAGACUCUCCGGCCAGCGAUAGCUUGCUUUUCUAUAAUAACAGCCAGCCCCGACCCGACGGUUCACCUCACGAUGAUAGUUUGCUAGAUGUAACAAGCCACUCUCUUCCGCAGGACUUGUCAAUGGGGACUCUCGAUUUUAGCCGCCGAGUGACCAGUCGUCCCAACAACAAAAACCACAACAAUCGACGCUUCUCACCUUCGCCCUUUCCUUCCCACCGCUUGUCCCCCGCGACUCUUGCGAACGCCAAAAUUCGCAGCUCGCCACUUUUCAACCCUUCACGUUCUCGUUCCCCGAAUUUACCUCGCCCCUCCUCGUCUCAUGUUCGCCCAUCGACAUCUGGGGAUGCCGAUGAAGCCUCGAAGGAAACAGCAAUGCCUUCAUCGGGUAGCCCGUUGAAGCUCUUUGGAGAGCAUGAUACAUUUACGAACAAUCGUCUUCUACGUCGCAUGAGCCAGUUUGAGGAGACGUUUGAAGAUGGAUCGGAUGGUGACGAACCCCCAUCUCCCUCGGAAGAGGCUCGACGCAAGGGAGAGAGUCGCAGCUUCUUGAAUGCCCGCCAUGAGCCGUUGAGUGAGAUUACACCAAGACGAAACGAACGACUGGCGUCGCGGAAUGUCUCUCGCCCCCGGAUCAGUAGAUUCGGAGAUGGGGAACUUGAUCAAUUCGACUUCUCCGAUGCAAGCCCAUAUGAGCACCAGCUGGUCUACGAUGAGUCUAAUGGGUUUGGAUCCCGCCCUACAUCUCGAAGACAGGUUUCCAUCCGCCAGCAAUAUCUCCGCCAUCCCUCUUCCCAGCUAGGCUCCUUGCACUAUGCCCACUCUGCGAGUUCAGGUUUCACACGAAAGCCCUCAGCUUGGACGCGACAAAGCUACUUUGAAAAUAGGCGCGAUGUGUCGUGGUCUUCACGUGCCAAUCAAAAGGAGAACAUCGGCCCCGAAACCAAACGGGUCCCCAAAACCGCUGCCGACCCAAUCGCCAAGCGCCGCCGAACGAUAUUGCGAGAUGAAAACGUCGAGCCUGACCAUACCCACAAGAGUCCCGAGCAUAAUCAAAAAUAUGGCGACAGUAUGUCUCUACUGCAACGCAGCUUGAUGCAACACAAAGUUCAAAUGGAGAACGGUGACUACCUGGCACCCCCCGGCCUCUCCAAAUCCAUGCAGCGACCCCGAACACCUACUCCAAGCCAAAUCCGAUCUGCACUAGAGUCAACAAAUGGACCGACAAGAGACUUUUCGGAAUCCAAUUACAACGAGCUUGACUAUUCGGACUCAUUUUCAAUUGAAGGUGAUAUUCCAAUGCUUAAAAUCACCGGCACCAGUGAUUCAUCCCGAAAAGGAUCCAUUACCACCCAGGAUUAUUUGAACGAAGCGACGAAAGUCAUGGACCUCAUCCGCGCUAAAGGCCGGCCAGCCGCUGUGAUGACUAGCUUGCAAGAAUCGGAUGGAGACAGCGACGAGGAAAACUUCAGUUACGAAGACGAAUCUACGCGCGAGGCAUUCUCUCGGCCACCUAGCCGAGAUGGCACCGAUUUGCGCAAAAUCCGAGAGCUGAAAGAAAUGAGCCCGCAGAUUCUGAACCAUCUUAAAAAAUAUCAAGAAAACGAGGACCUAGAGAUGGGCGCUCACGACGUGUUGUUGAAUAUAAAUGCGGAGCUCAAAGCCGCGGGCGAACCAAGUAUGGGCUGGUUGGGCAGAGAACAAAGAAAACGGAAAGUUAGUGGCCCGAUUGAUGAUGUUGCAGCCAACAUUGCAGAGGAUCUCAUGACAAUCAAUACCCAAAUGUCCGGCUUUAGCAUCAACUCGGUCCCGACCGGCUCUUCUCAGAACUCACAAGCGAAGGGGAUCCUUUCAUCUGAUUUGGUAUCGCAUCUCAUUCCCGAAGAGGUGAAUGGGUUCACUUAUGAUCGAUCUAAGCAUCAAUGGGUCAAAGGCGAUGAAAGACAACCGGCGAGGAGGAUUCCCAGAGAGGAUGGAGACGAGGACCCCUUCCAAGACAUUCCGGACCUUAGCGUGGAUGAACUUCAGGAAAUGAUGAGAGUCCAUGGAUUGAACUCUCCGUUGAAAAGUGCUGACGGCCAAAAUUCUCGAACUCCAUCUGGGGCAGGAAGCUCGCCCAGGAAACUCGAAAAGAGGCCUCAUACAAGAGAUGGCGAUCUAUCGGACAACACAAAUUCCGCGGAAUCAGGAACUUCGCGACUCACAGCAAGUGUUCCUAAUUCCGGUACUCGUCCAACUUCCCAGGAGACGAACGCAGUGCGCGGUAGCGGCGACACCGAAGACAAUGCCAUCGAUCUGGAAUCGGAGCCAACUACUCAACCGCGAACUAAGCAAAAUCGGGUCCCCACCAUUUCAUUCUCGUCUCCUCUCGUCUCACAUAUUGCGUAUCGAGACGACUCAGAUGUCCCCGAAUCUCCUGCCGACCCAGAGGACUCGAAUCAUGCAGCUCCAGCCGGUGCAAACCAGCAAAACGGUUCAACACAUCAUGUUCCUCGCCCUGCCGGUCGUCAAUCCUCGGUUGCUGGCCAGCCAUUCGUUCGACGUCCGAUUUCCCGGAUCGAGGAACGCAACGAAGACGGAAUGGAUGAACUAAGCCUUGUUCAGAGAAAUGAAGCAAUGGCUGUUCAGCAAACGCCUCAUGGCGCAACAAAGUCUCUGGUCCCCGUCCAGAGCGAGGGGCAAGAUACAACCUAUAGCUUUCAUAUGAGCCCACUCCCUGAUUUCUCAGUCAACGAGCCAGACAACUCAUUGAACCGUGAGAUGACCUAUGUUGCGCAGCGUACGAAUCCUGGUUCUUUGCGCCAGGUGCAUGGCACUUUUGCCCUUGCAACGGAAGAAUUGAUCAAGCACAUCACUGACGUUGAGCCCUACGAACCCUACUGGGAACAUGUUCGCCGAUUGGUGCUCCGUCAGAAAAACCUGAUCACGCUGCACAAGCUGAGCGACUUCUGUCCACGUCUUGAAGAGCUGGAUGUCUCCGAUAAUGACAUUGGUCAGUUGAGUGGCGUUCCUUCGUCUCUCCGAACUUUAAAGAUUCCUCGUAACUGCCUGUCCAAUCUCACACCUUGGAGCCACCUUCACAACCUGCAGUAUCUUGACAUAUCCGGAAAUGACAUCGAGACAUUGGACGGCUUUUCCAGCUUGAUACACUUGAGAGAGCUGAAGGCAAACGACAACCAAAUCCGCAACAUCGAUGGAAUUCUUGACAUGAAUGGACUGUUGAGUUUGAAGCUCAGUAAUAACUCGGUGACAGCUGUGGAUUUCGAAGGGGCCGAGCUAACGCGUCUUCGCGAUCUCGACUUGAGCCAUAACUGUCUGACCUCCGUUCACAACAUCGAGUGGCUUCCCUCGCUUGUUACCCUUGAUCUCAGUGCCAACCAGAUCUCUCAACUUGAGUCGCCCAGCUCACUUAUAAGUCUACGUGCCCUCAAGCUCUCCGAGAAUAAUUUGGACAUUUUUGAUGUCACGCCUUUUUCAUCCGUGAGCCUGCUCUAUCUCGAUCAAAACUCCCUGGCGAGUAUCGGUGGUCUGCAGCAUUGUCAUAACCUGGAGGUCCUUUCCGUCCGAGAUCAGACGCGUCCGUCAUUGGAUUCUGCCUUCGAGAUUGACCUGGGAUUAGUGAAAGACACCCGGAAAGUCUUCUUGUCAUCCAACAAGCUCUCACCCACUUGUUUAUCGCCAUCAUCUCCUUUGCUUCGGCUGCAACUUCUUGACCUUGCGGGCUGUACUUUGAGCGCCCUGCCAAGCGCAUUUUCUGCCAACUACCCGAACCUCAAAGUUCUCAACCUGAACUUCAAUUCGAUCACCGAGCUGGAGCCAUUAGUUGGAAUGAACUGUCUCGCUCGUCUCACGGUAGUGAACAAUCGCCUCGAAAGAAUGCGCCGGGUUUGCCAAAUUCUGAGUCGUCUUGGUCGGACAGGUCGGGGAAGCGCAUGUUCACUCCGCAAACUUGACCUACGUGGCAACCCUCUCACCAUCGGCUUCUAUCCCCCGGCUGUUACUGGGAAUGGCUCAAACGUGGAUCGUAAGAAGCUGAAAGACCAGGACAGGGCUGUCGUUCAGCAACAAGAAGAUCGAAGAGAUCUUUCAGACGCUCUCGCUGAUAUGGACCGCAAUGACUCCGUCGGUCAUCCGGUCAGUUGGGAAGACGGAGCCAAGUCUGACCCUGAAGUGGAAAUCAAUGAUCCAUUCACGUUACCACCCGCCGACCCUCAGGCGGAUCAAAAAUAUCUGGCUCGUCUAGAUAAAGCCACGAGACUACGCCGUAGUGUCCUCGAGCUACUCUUAUACGCUGGAACCAGCGGCUCAUUACACAACAUGGACGGGCUCGAUCUCCGGCCAUCCCUGGGCGAAGACUCGCCGGACAUGGAAAGAGCGUGGAAAAAAUUGGAGCAAUUGGGGGUGCUUCGUCGGAAAGCAAUUACAAAUAAGCCAUGA